AUGGCGGCGGUUGUGCAAGAGAAGAAGCCACCCGUCUUCGACAUGGAAGAUGAUACGCCUCGACGGCGGCAGCUUGAUGGAUCCGAAUCUCAGAUGGAGAAAGUCUUGUUCAAAGCCGAUGAAGACACGGCUUCAGAAUACCUGAAGGACCUGAUCAGCUCAUCCGGGUUGAAGGGCGCUUGGGGUGAGAUGGCGAAGAAGUUUCGAUCUGUUCAAGCACAGCAUGCCCAGCUUAUGUCUUUGGCCAGCCGAGAUGCUCUGAACCGGGAUUUCGUGACGCGGCCCGAGUUCCGGCUCACAGUGCAGGAGGAGCAUUAUCGACUGCUACAGGACCACACAAAGCGGCUGGCGGCCCUAGAACGCCUUGUGGCUGAGGAGCAGGCAGCACGCUUGGAGCUCUCGGAAACCUUGGGGGCGUAUGCUGAGCACACCGAAAAGGAGCUCAACACCUUGAAGCCGGAGGUCACCAAGGCUCAUGAGUGGCUGAAGACCUUGGAUGCCCGAUGCCAAGACCAGAACGCUGCAAGCCAGAAGGCACAAAAGGAUUUGCAGGAGCAGCUCAAUAGCCGUGAGAAGAAGCUCCGAGACGAGGCCACCAAGCUCAGCAAGGCAUUGGAGGGCGAAGUGGUGGAGCGCAAGGUUUUAGGUGUAGAGGUCAAGAAGCAGAAGGAGUUCUUGUCGGGAGAGGCCUUCAAGAAGCAUAUUGAAGACACCUGCAACAAGGCUUUGGAGAAUUAUGUUCACAAGGAUGUGAUGAUGUCGGAGGUUCAGAGCUCCACGGAGCACAUGUGUGAGCCACUGCAUGUGAAGAUGAAGAAGCUGGAGCACGUUGUGCAGACCUUGGCAAAUGAGCUGCGGAUGAAGGACGCGUACGUGGAACAGUGCCUGGAAAAUGAAACCACGAAGCUUUCCCACAAGGACGAGCUCCUGAACGAGCGAAUCAAUACUGUGAUGGACGAGUUGCCCGAGAAGGCAACAGUCACGGCCAUGGACGACCUAAAAGGCAAACUCCUAUUUCACGUUGACACCCUGGAAUCCCUGCACUCACGCCUGCAAAAGGAGACCACACACAAGCUCCAGGAGGUCGUUACCCGCGUGUCGGAGUUCCAAGUCAUCCUGCAAGACCAUGAGCACGCCCUGCAGCAUGCCGCAGAGGAGAUCCUCCACAGAGGGACCAAGUACGAUGUAGCAGUUCUGACAGAACGAGUGGACCGCUGUGCGGGGAAAGACAAGAUGGAGGGCGACUUGAAGGAGAUCCGCGAUACUCUGACUUGGCAGAGCACCAAGAUCGAGUCAAUGCAGUUCCACAACGGGUUGGGGGGUGGUCUCGGCAGCCAACGAAGCCCAAGCCGUGCGCGUUCCUUCAUUCCUCGCAGUGUCUUGGGAGGCAAACUGAGCCGAAGCAGCUCCAUGGCCAGCGAAAGUAUCGGCGUCUCCGUCACUCACAGCUUGAGCUUGAAGACCUCCACGGCGGCACCAACCUCGACUGAGGCAAGCACUGUGAAGUUCUCGGAAGAGGAUCCAAAGGGCGAUGACACCCAUGAGUCGACCAUGAAGAUUACGAUUCCGAAGGUUGCAUGCGUCGCGGAGCCCAUCGAGGAAGAGUCCGUGCCUGACGACAGCCCACUGGGCGCAGUGAGCAUUGCACAAGGAUCCGAGCCAGGCGAAGGAAGCUCUGAAGACAGCGCCAUGCGGAAUGACCCGCUACGGAAGCUGCUGGGUUUGAAUGCCGGAAUAGACCCGGGAGAGCUAGAGGAGCACCUUGUGGAGCAGUCGGAGCAACUGCAACAACUUCAGGCCCAGCUGACAGAUCUGAUGCAAGGCUCCGCGUUGGGUGCCUCCACGCUAACAGAGCUGCUGCAGCAACAGCUGGAAUGCCUAGCACAAGGAGUCUUUUGCUUGGGCAAAAUAUGCCUCAACAGGUCACGAGGAGGCCCGGGAGGAAGUGGUAUCUCGAGGCAGGAGCACACUGUCGAGCUGCUGACGCACCUGCGCUCCGUAAUGCAUUGGAUCACUCACCGACAGCGUCCUUCUGAGUGGGAGCCCUCGGCCCUCACGACCAUCGCACUGCAGUCCAUCCGCAUCCCUGACAACGACGUCAACUACAGUCCUCGCACGCAUGCCAGGCAAGAUAGCCAGCCUAUGCCUUCGCUGCGCCGAGGAAAGGCCCAGACUCCACGGGAUCCGCGGGAGCUGAGCCCAGGAGAGCGUCGGCCCUUCGCAUCAGGCGGCCCAGGCUGGCAAACACGUGGCCUGCCUGCCAACUGUAGCUACGACGAUGUCAAACGGCCAAAUACGACCGGAGCCAUCAUGGUCAGGCCGAUGGAUUCCGGGCGAGCUCUGGUUGUGACACCAGGGGUCUACACCGGCACCGUCGGCACCAGCCAAGCUCCUCAACAGGCCGGGGAGGAGGUGUUUUCGAGGGACCACUCGGUGGACGAGAUCCUGUCGCUGCCUCCUCUUCUCGAGUCCAGGAACAACUCGAAGGACUCACAAAUGUCAGUUAAAUCCCGGGAAAGCCGCCGUAAACCUGGCUCGUAG